UCCCGCUUUCGGGCUUCCUCACUGCGCAUGCGGUAGGAGGAGGUGGCGGAAAAGGAAGUGAGGGAGGCAGCCUUGAGAGUGUGUGAGUGAGUUAGAGAGAGGGAGGAGAGGCGGCAAGUGCGCGUGCGCACUGCGGGCUGGGUUGCAGCAGCAGGAGCGGCGGCGGCGGCGGUUGAGCUCGCGGGCGGCUGAGUUUCCAUAACAUCUGAUCCAUCAUGGCUGAUGACCUCGACUUCGAGACCGGUGAUGCCGGGGCCUCCGCCACCUUCCCCAUGCAGUGCUCAGCUCUCCGCAAGAACGGCUUUGUGGUGCUCAAAGGGCGUCCCUGCAAGAUUGUGGAGAUGUCCACCUCCAAGACCGGAAAGCAUGGACAUGCCAAAGUGCACCUUGUUGGCAUAGACAUCUUCACUGGGAAAAAAUAUGAAGAUAUCUGCCCUUCGACCCACAACAUGGAUGUGCCCAACAUUAAGAGAAAUGAUUUCCAGCUUAUUGGGAUCCAGGAUGGGUACCUUUCCCUGCUCCAGGACAGCGGGGAGGUCCGGGAGGAUCUGCGCCUUCCUGAGGGAGACCUGGGCAAGGAGAUCGAACAGAAAUACGACUGUGGCGAAGAAAUCCUGAUCACCGUACUGUCUGCAAUGACCGAGGAAGCUGCUGUUGCUAUCAAGGCCAUGGCUAAAUAAAGGAACCACAGGGCGGCAGCAGCAGCAGCAGCAAAACCAACAGCAGCGGCAGCAGCAGCAGCUCCAACUUGUUAUGAACCAGAGAGGAUCGCAACCCGCAGGCUGUCAGAUUUCGCUCCAAACCACCCAGAUCUUUUUUUUUUCUUUCCCCCCCCUUCCUUUAAAACAACAACAAAAAAGAGGAAAAAAAAAACCAACCAACAACAACCAGAAAGCGAAACCUUCCACCCUCCCUUUUGAAUUAAAACGAAAAAAAGAAAUCUUUUUAUUUUGUGGUCUUUUUAAAAAGGAAACAAAGAAAGGAAGCUGGAUGCUGAUGCUAUUUCUUUAUCAUGAUAUUAUUUUUCUUCUUCCUUCCCUCCCACCCCCUCUGCCCUCUCCUUUCCCCUCUCCCGUCAUGGGUGCUAGUUGACACUACAGCUGUUUUCUGGCAAAAGAGAAGUUGAGAAUUUUGCACUUAAAAAAAGGAAUAAAAAUAUUUAAACUGCUAGGAGGAGGAGGAAGAAAACAAUUGCAAAAGGCUCACCUUUGAUUUUUUUUAUUAUUAGUUCUGAUGCUUAUAUAUAGAGAGAGCGAGGUGGUGGUCUUUUGGGGAGAAGAGGAGGGAGCGAAACUUUUUGAUGGAGAGUUUUGAGGCGGCCGGAGUGGGGUCUUUUCUUCGGGCUUCUUUCCUCUCCUCCUCUUCCUCCCUUAGGAUGGCAUCCUUCCUCUUGUGCUUCGAGGCUCUUUCGUGUUUUCUUUUGGGGGGAUCGCUGCUUCGGUUGCUCAGCUAUUUCCUCCCCGUCCCCAUCUCUCUGCCUUCUGGAGCGCAUCGGACCCCCGCUCUUUUGCCUCGCAUCCGGGCUCUCGGGAGCGCAACCGGCCGCAGAAAGGGACCCUUUUCCGCCCCUCAAAUCAUGUUCAAUGCCUCCCCUUCUUCCUCCUCUUUGCUCUAGUGCCGUAGUUACUACUUCCUCUUCCCUUUGCAUUCUGGGUUAAUAACUGCACCCUCCUUCCCCCCCCCCCCCCCCCAAGAGCUGUGCCAGGUAGGGAUCUUUGCGGGGUGAACACCUAGACCCCCCCAAAACUGUUUCCUUGGUUCAUAUUUACUCUCUUCUGCUGUUCACAGGCCAGUGCUGUGGCCUCCUCCCUACCCUUUUCCUCCUCGUCCCCUCCCUCCCGUGUUAAUCCAACACAUUUGUUAAUCAACCUCAAAUAAAAACAGAAACAAGUUUAAUAUGAAAGAAA